AUGGCCGCUCCGGACGCUCCUCUUUGCUACGUCGGAGUCGCUAGAAAAUCCGCUGCCUUUCGUCUCAUGAAACAAAUGGGUUGGGAAGAAGGCGAAGGGCUUGGGAAAGACAAGCAAGGGAUCAAAGGACAUGUUAGGGUUAAGAACAAACAGGACACUACCGGAGUUGGUUUAGAAAAGCCAAACAAUUGGGCAUUUGAUACUUCACAAUUUGACAGUAUCCUCAAAAGAUUGAAAGUGCAAGCAGCAGAAAUUAACAGCGAUGAAGCUGUUGAAAAGGAUGAUAAUCAAGAAGGCACAGAUGCCAAUGUAUCUAAUGACAAGCAUGAUACAGGUGUCAAGGUUACACGGCCACAAGGAAGAUAUAAGAAAAGAGAAAGGGGGAAGCUUGUCCAUGCUUACUCUUCGAAGGAUCUUGAAGGAAUUCUUGUCAAAAAGGAGGAGUCUCCUCAGAUGGAUCAUAAUCAGGACAUAUCAGAAUCGCUGGACGCAUUUGAAAGUUAUGUCAAUAUUGAAGGAAAAGAAGAUAAAGGUGUUUCAUCAGAGUGGUGGGGUCAUAAACACGGAUUUGUGCCUGGUGGUCUUCUUGGAGCCGAGUCUAGGAGGAAAAACCCCCUCCUGGCUGAAGAUACUCAGAGAUGUAGUGAGAGGACUGCAUUUCAUGAGGAGGAUCAAGAGAAUCUUUACAAACUUGUACAAGAUAAGGCAACAUCUGGAAAACAGGGUCUGGGAAUCAAGGACAGGCCAAGGAAAAUAGCUGGCUGCCACUUUCAGGGGAAGAAGACAUCUUUCUAUGACACUGACGGUGAGGAUUCUUCUGAUUCUCGUUCCACAGUCAACAUAAAACCUAGUGAAGCCCUGGAAGUGGAAAAGAAUGAUGAACCACAGGUGAAACUGAAAAAACUUUGCAGACAGCUUCUUCGUCAGGUAUCUGGGAAAUCACUAAAGCUGAGGCAGCUCAAAGUUCUCAUUGAUGAGCACUCAUCAUCUUUUUUCUCCAACUUCUCUUCAAAAAGAGACGCUCUUGAUUUCUUGAAACGGAAGCUUGAAGGCAGUGAUAAAUUCUAUGUAGAGGGAAAAAGAGUCCGUCUCUCAUGA